CACUUGCUGAACCAGAACUCCUGCUUAGAGAGUGACUCCCAGAUGUGUCUGAGCCAGAACAGGGGAAUGUAUCUGACUGUUCUUUUCCCUCUUUUUCCACUCUCCUGUAGAGCCACUCACUAACAGUUUCAGUACUGACAGCACACAAUACUGAAAUGGUCCUCUGUUGAGCUGUUAUAUAGCUAUAAGAAACUGAUUCGUAAUCGGAGAGGAGAAUGUUGAGAGGAGGAAGUGGGGGUGAGUUGCUUCUCUUCAUGUUUGGCUGGAGCUGAUCCAGAAUCAGAUUUAUGAGAGGCAGCUGCUGAGGGCUUGACGGACAGACGAGUGCAGGGAUUCCUGUGUUGCUGCUGCCGCUGCACAGAGGACAACCAGGCUGUGUGUCAGUGCACAGCACAGUAGCAAGGAUGGUCCGUGAACAAUAUAUCAGAACUACAGAUGAAUCUGGUGUGCCAAGGCCAGCUACUGACUCUAUCUAUAAGAUUGGUAUAUAUGGUUGGAGGAAACGUUGCCUUUAUCUGUUUGUCCUGCUUCUCAUCAUAAUCCUGGUGGUGAAUUUUGGACUUACAAUCUGGAUCCUAAGAGUGAUGUGGUUCAAUACUGAAGGCAUGGGAUACCUCCAGGUCACAGAAGAUGGGGUGAGAUUGGAGGGAGAGUCUGAGUUUCUUUUUCCACUUUAUGCUGAAGAGAUUGACUCCAGAGAGGAUUCACCUCUUUUGGUGCAUUCAACUGAUAAUGUGACUCUCAAUGCCCGCAAUGAAAACGGAGAUGUAACUGGAAGUGUGUCUGUAGGUCCAGAACAAGCAAAGGCCUUUGGGCAACAUUUUACAAUCAGCUCAAGCGACAAGACUCUAUUUUAUGCUGAUGAAAAGGAAGCAGUUGUGGGAACAGGGAAACUCAGAGUUACAGGCCCACAAGGUGCACUUUUUGAGCACUCUGUUCAGACGCCAUUGGUCAAAGCAGAGCCUCUGAGAGAUCUCAGGUUGGAGUCUCCUACCCGGUUUUUGAGCAUGGAAGCUCCCAAAGGAGUCUACAUCAAGGCAUCAGCAGGGAAUAUAGAUGCUGAAUCAAGUCUGGAUGUUAUUUUGCAUUCAACUGAGGGUCUUCUGGUUUUAGAUGCUGAGACCAUUCGUCUUCCAAAGUUACCCUUGGGUGAAGCAGGACCACCAGGUGACUCUCCUGGGAUGUUUGAAGUCUGUGUGUGUCCCAGCGGCAAGCUGUUCCUCUCCAGAGCUGCUGUUUCCUCUACCUGCAGUGAGAGCCAAGAGUGCUGAAGUCCACAGCAUCUGUAGACUGAUAUUCACAUAAUCUCCUGCAGAAAUCUCUUGUUGCAGAAUUCUCAGGUGGAGUGCAAAAGCACAAUUUUGCUACUACAGUGACUUUACAGAAAAUGAGAAGAAGCACAUCAUUCUCAGGUGGUGAAAGCUUCAACCUGAAUACUUUACGUACCUGGAAUACAUCUAUUUCAAGGUCACCAAUAUAAUACCAUUGUUUGUGAGUGAAAAUUAUCUUUCACUUUUAUUGCCUUUUUUCUCUUUUACCAAUCUAGGCUGGGCAAAAGGGGCUGGUCACCAGCGUACAUCCUAUGCAAUAUGAUUUUUUUAGUGCAAUACACAAAGCAUGUGCAGUAAAUUGGAUUACUUUUAAAGAAAGAACAACAGCAAAAUUAACGUUUGUCCGCAAACAAUCAAAAUUAUCUUCCAUAAUAUGGGCCUACUGCAAAUAUCAAAUUCCCAGUCAUGAUUUGAGUAGUGUUGAGAUUUAAAUAAAGUAAUAUGAAUAAAAUGAUAUUUUUGGAAAUAAAGAUGGUCCAAGUAAAUCCAGCCACAACAUGUACUUUUGGUUAACUGAUCAAGUAGUCUUGGAUGGGUUUUUGGUGUUGAUGUGUGAUAGGUUUCUUUUUAUGUUAAUAAAGUAUUUGAUCUUUAUCCUGAA